AUGGAUGCCAACCUCCUCGGUCUGCUUGCACGCGACAAAUGCCUCUACCCUGACUGUCCUUCAAGAUGUGCAGGGUUUUUUGUAGCGGACUCUGCAGGCCUCGUAUUCCAUAUACCUCCUGAUCCUACUACGCUAUGCUCAGGCUGUGGUCACCCAUGGUUCUCUCACUGGGGAAGAGCUUUACCGGAAAAUGAUCCUCGUCAGCACUUUCGUCGAGGCGUUUGCUCGUCGACCAAGUGUGGUAGUUUUUUCUCGCGAGACCUGCCGUGGCAUUCUCAACGCCUUUGUGUUUGCACCGCGCCGUGGGGAAUGCAUGCACUCAUUGGUGCUGAGAUUGAGACCCAACCCACCCGUCCCAGCUCCACUGUAUCUAUUGCAGGCAGUAGUGCCGCACCUAUCAGUAUCUUCAGUGGCGCCCCAGCCCCGGCCCUCAACUCGGCAAUGGCAAGGCUCAGUCAUUCUCUAUCAUCCAUGCCGACUCAUCGCAGCUCAGGACAAGCACCGGCUUUCGGCACUCCAACUCACCAAGAUGUCGACGUCCUUAUUUUACCCUAUGUCCGAGACCGUAAGGGAUCAAACUACGUCCACAACACUCAUCCCUCUCCAGAUAUGUGUUUCCGGCUUGAGGACUGGCAGAAGGUUACGAACCAGUUCAAGGCCCAUAACCUUACGUUCGCAUGCUCUCUUCCUCGAGAUGGCCCUAUCUGGUCGGAGCUUGACCAGGCCUUUGGCAAGCACUGCGAGACUGCUCACUUUACCAUUCGCACUGCUCAAGACGUUGAUGCCAACACCGAUAACCUCGAUGACCUGAAAUGUCUCAACUGGGAACUCCGUUCCCCCGGGAAAGGCCGACGUCCCAGUGAAUCGAUCUUCUUCAAGUUCUCUGACUGGGUCAACGCUCAGACAUUGGACCUCAAAAACAUAAAAGUUCAUAGCAAGAAUGUCGUUAAUCAUCUCAACAAGCAGCGUCUCCUUCUUGUCAUAUCCCCACUCUACAGCAACAUAUGCGGCCCGAUAUCAGCUCUUCUUUCUACCAGCAUUCCACGUCUACCUACUGAUAGCCAGCCACACCAGUGCUUUGCCUGGUACGUUUGUUGGGGUCAAAUGGAGAGUCCCAUGAACCAUGGCGAGCCGAUGUGUUUGUCUGGCGAGGACGGAUGUCCGGGUUACAACAUCAAAGAUACAUCGACUGGGCUCUAUCCUUCUGUUCCCGGUCCAAGGACAACACAGCCAGCUUUGAGUUUGGUGGAAUCGACUGUGGCGGUUGCCGCCGCCUCUUCGACUUCAUCCUCCCGUCAACGCUCGCAUUCCAUGGACACGAACGCUGAGCAAGAACGAAACCCUCGUCGUGCUCGACUUGAGAUACAGUCGACACCAGAAGCCAUCCCUGCUCCAAGUCUUGGACCCGAAAUGCAGCCAUCUGGGCCACCGCCACCCGAGAUCACUUCACUGCAGCCAUCUGGGCCACCGCCGCCCGAGAUCACUUCGCUGCAGGCAUCUGGGCCACCACCACCUGAGAUGACCUCGCUGUCAUCAGUACCUCAAGACAUUCAGACGACAUCGGCUGGCACUCCGCCGUCUCUGACUACAAUAGAUCAUACUCUUGUUGCCCCUCAAACGAACACUACUCCAAGCCAUCAGCGCGAGAUCCAGACUACUACCCCUAUCCAAUACAUUGAUUGGAAGAUUCUGGUCAGGGCAAUCGCUGGCCCAGGAUACUGGGGAGUCGCCGGUGAAUCUUCGGACCGCUUCUAUGUUCAUGGCACAAGUGUUAAGGCCGUCGGCGAUACUAUCAUGCACUACAUCGAGUCUCUUCACGCACAUGAGAUUGCCAACCAUGACGACGGCGUAGUAUCCUCUGGGCACUCCAACUUUCAGUUCGGCAUCACCUCCUUAGAGAUAAAAUCCUUUAACGCUGGUAACGGAGGUUGGCUUGCUCUGUUUCGUGGAGAUGCUGAUGUCCGUGUAAACGAUUCAGUUGGCGUUGGGCUCAAGCGUUCAGUCAUGCGCUACGUUAUGUCUGAAGCUGCACCGGCUGAUAAACAGCAUUGGAAAGGUAAUGAGCGCUUAUAUAUUCAACCGGUAAUCACACCAUGGCAAAACCUUCCUGCUCGUAAUGCUCGUUCGCGUAUGUGGGGUACUUGUGCUGCUCUUCACAUUGUGUACCUACACCUCGCUCCUAUCCCAAUCUCCCCCUUCCUUCUAUAUCGCUUGGUCCGCCCAGCACUCGAUUGUCCCCUUGACCUCAUCCGAUUUGUCGACCCUAAGGCCGCCGAAGUAUUAGAGCCCUGGUACGACCUCGAUCACACCGACCCCUUGCCAACCAGUCCUACGAGCCCUAUCUUGCAGAUUUUCAUCGAGGCUACUGGACUUACGGCUGCGCAUAUGUCGUCCCAGCGCACACCAUCAACACACCAAGGGCACCCUGACCUGGAUGGUGUCCAUGAUUUCAAAGAGUUCAAGAUCGGGUUUGACGUGAAGCUAACCGAUGGAAGAUCUUUGUUGGAGGCCUUUCCAAAUGAUCCCAAGGAACUGACCACCCUCCUGAAAGCAUUAUACAAUCGCGAUGUUCUCAACAUGGAACAUAUUAUUGGUGCCUUGCGCUUUAUGACGACAGACUAUUCUGACAAUGUCAAGUCAAAUACUCUAAGUCGGUUGUUCCAGUUGCGAGUCAUUCGGUAUUUACUUGGCCAUGGACAUCCCAACCACCCCACCAUCCGUGGCACAUUCGUCACAGAUCAAGUAUUUGUCGCCACACAAAAUAACCCAUCCAUCCGUGCCAAAAUGUUCAUCAUCGCCAUGACUGGGAGCGAUCUUAUCCCGAACGAAGUGUCUUGGAAACUAAAGAUACGUUUACACCACAAGGCGAUCUGGCUCCCGGGAUGGGCAAAGAGCUGGUAUCGUGAUUCCCGGAGGGCCAACAGCGUCAUUAACGAUCCUCCGAUAUUUUUCCACACAUGCGACAGCGCUUGUGAUAUCAUUGUUCAUGACAGCAUCGAAGCGAUGCUCUCCGAGCCGCUCGGAGACCCUGGUACCGCUACAGCGUUUGAUGCUUGGUUCCAUGGUUCCAUGAUGACUGGAUUGGGAUUCAGUGGUGAAUAA